AUGGCGGUGAUUAUCAUACUGAUCAAGGUGGAGGUGAUGCUCCUGAUGAUGAUGCAGAUCGCGGUCGUGAUCGCUCCCCUGGCGCUGCGCGGCGGGUGCCUCGUCGUCCUGCUGGGUCACGUGGUGACGAUCCUUGGCAUUGUGGUGCAGGUGAUCCUUGGGGCGGGUUUGGCAUGGCCCCUUCUGCAAAGAAGCCGCGCCAGCAUGGCCUUCUGGAUGGCGCUGCUGAUGAGCCUCGAGAUGUACAUCCUCAGGUGCUGCCCGUCGUUCCGCUCUUCCCCUUCAACACGUCGGCUCCUGUCUUUUUCCCUGUUCGCACGUGCGAGAAUGGCAAUGAGGUGCUGA